AGCAGGGCGCCCGUCCCCCCUCAGCCCCGGAAAAUGAUCAAGUCAAUCAUGUGGACAUGUUUCAUUAUUCAUUGAACACAAUCUUUUACAACGCUCCGUUUACGUGCCCGAGUUUGCUCCCGACACCCGCGUUUCAGUGUUUAAGUUCCUGAACCACCACGGCUUUAAGAGUAUCCACCCGCCACGAGGCAGCUCCGUUGCUUUCAGACUCGCCUGGGAACUGGGACGCCCCUCUGGCAAUCUGUCAGUGCCUGGAUCAGCUGCAUCCUUUCUGGGGUAUUUUCUCACCAGACUGACAGUCCUUAAGACAAGUAUGCAGUUAAGCUGCUAAGGGAUGGAAGAAGCCAGUCUGUGCCUUGGAGUGUCCUCAGCGGCACCGGAAGCAGAGCCCCAUCUGAGCGGCCCCGUCCUCAACGGCCAGUAUGCCAUGAGUCAGAAGUUGCACCAGAUCACCUCCCAGCUCAGCCAUGCUUUCCCCGAGCUACAUCCGCGGCCCAACCCCGAGGAGAAGACCCCUGCGCCUCUCGACGAGAAGGCCCACGUGCCCAUGAGUGGUCAGCCCAUGGGCAGUCAGAUGGCGCUCCUGGCCAACCAGCUGGGCCGGGACGUGGACACCAGCCUCAACGGGAGGGUGGAUCUGCAGCAGUUCCUCAACGGUCAGAACCUGGGCAUCAUGUCCCAGAUGAGCGACAUCGAGGACGACGCCCGCAAAAACCGGAAGUACCCGUGCCCGCUCUGCGGCAAGCGCUUCCGCUUCAACAGCAUCCUCUCCCUGCACAUGCGCACUCACACCGGCGAGAAGCCCUUCAAGUGCCCGUACUGCGACCACCGGGCGGCGCAGAAAGGGAACCUCAAGAUCCACCUGCGGACCCACAAGCUGGGCAACCUGGGGAAGGGGCGCGGGCGGGUGCGCGAGGAGAACCGCCUGCUGCACGAGCUGGAGGAGAGGGCCAUCUUGCGGGACAAGCAGAUGAAGAGCAGCCUGCUGCAGCCCCGGCCCGACCUGAAGCCCCUGGCGCAUGCCCAGCAGGCCCCGCUGGCCGCCUGCAACCUGGCCCUGCCCACCAACCACAGCGUGCCGGACGUGGCCAACCCGGUGCCCUCGCCCAAGCCGGCCAGCGUACAAGAGGACGCGGUGGCGCCCGCCGCUGGCUUCCGCUGCACCUUCUGCAAGGGCAAGUUCAAGAAGCGGGAGGAGCUGGACCGCCACAUCCGCAUCUUGCACAAGCCCUACAAGUGCACGCUGUGUGACUUCGCCGCCUCGCAGGAGGAGGAGCUCAUAAGCCACGUGGAGAAGGCCCACAUCACGGCCGAGUCGGCCCAGGGCCAGGGCCCCAAUGGCGGCGGGGAGCAGUCGGCCAACGAGUUCCGGUGCGAGGUGUGCGGGCAGGUGUUCAGCCAGGCGUGGUUCCUGAAGGGCCACAUGCGGAAGCACAAGGACUCCUUCGAGCACUGCUGCCAGAUCUGCGGCCGGCGCUUCAAAGAGCCCUGGUUCCUGAAGAACCACAUGAAGGUCCACCUCAACAAGCUGUCCGUGAAGAACAAGUCCCCCAGCGACCCCGAGGUGCCUGUGCCCAUGGGCGGCAUGUCCCAGGAGGCCCAUGCCAACCUGUACUCCAGGUAUCUCUCCUGCCUGCAGAGCGGCUUCAUGGCCGCAGACAAAGCCAGCCUGAGCGAGCCUAGCCAGCUCUACGGCAAAGGCGAGCUGCCCCUGAAGGAGAAGGAGAUGGUGGGGAAGCUUCUGACCCCCAUCUCCAGCAUGGCCCACGGUGUCCCCGAGGGUGACAAGCACUCCCUCCUGGGAUGCCUCAACCUGGUGCCACCGCUGAAAUCCAGCUGCAUCGAGCGGUUGCAGGCGGCCGCCAAAGCUGCCGAGAUGGACCCCGUGAACAGCUACCAGGCUUGGCAGCUCAUGGCCAGGGGCAUGGCCAUGGAACACGGCUUCUUGUCUAAAGAGCACCAGCUCCAGCGCAACCACGAAGACACUUUGGCAAACGCCGGAGUUCUGUUUGAUAAGGAGAAGCGGGAGUACGUGUUAGUGGGAGCAGAUGGCUCCAAGCAGAAAAUGCCUGCUGAUUUGGUUCACAGCACUAAAGUGGGCAAUCAGAGAGACCUGCCAAAUAAGCUCGACCCUUUAGAAGGCAGUCGGGAUUUUUUGUCACACGGGCUCAACCAGGCUCUCGAGUAUAACCUGCAGGGUCCCGGGAGCCUGAAGGACAAGCCGACCGAGUGCCCGGACUGCGGCCGAGUGUUCCGCACCUACCACCAGGUGGUCGUGCACUCCCGGGUCCACAAGAGGGACCGCAAGGGUGACGAGGACGGGCUGCACGGGGGCCCCGACGAGCGGCGUGGCUCGGGCAGCGACCAGGAGUCCCAGUCGGUGAGCCGCUCCACCACGCCCGGCUCCUCCAACGUCACCGAGGAGAGCGGGGUCGGAGGCGGGCUCUCGCAGACCGGGAGCGCCCAGGAGGACAGCCCGCACCCCUCCUCGCCGUCCUCCUCAGACAUUGGCGAGGAGGCUGGGAGAUCGGCCGGCGUCCAGCAGCCCGCACUACUUCGUGACAGGAGCCUAGGAUCGGCCAUGAAGGACUGCCCGUACUGCGGGAAAACCUUCCGGACAUCCCAUCACCUAAAGGUCCACCUGAGGAUACACACAGGUGAGAAACCCUACAAGUGUCCCCACUGUGAUUAUGCCGGUACCCAAUCAGCUUCCUUAAAAUACCACCUAGAACGGCACCACCGGGAGCGGCAGAAUGGAGCUGGGCCACUGUCUGGGCAGCCCCCGAACCAAGACCACAGGGACGAGCUGUCCAACAAAGCCGCUUUGUUUAUCAGGCCAGACAUCCUGAGGGGCGCCUUUAAGGGGCUCCCCGGAAUCGACUUCAGAGGUGGCCCUGCGUCUCAGCAGUGGACGUCAGGAGCGCUCUCGUCCGGAGAUCACACAGGACAGGCCAGUGGCAUGUCUUCUGAGGCUCCUUCAGACACCCUGAAAGGCACUGACCUUCCUUCCAAAAGCACCCACUUCUCUGAAAUCGGGAGAGCUUAUCAAAGUAUCGUGAACAACGGUGUGAAUUUCCAAGGGUCCUUGCAAGCGUUCAUGGACAGCUUUGUCCUAAGCUCCUUGAAGAAGGAGAAGGACUUGAAGGACAAAGCCCUCUCUGACCCUCCUUCCAUGAAGGUCCACGGGGCGGACAGCGGCGAGGAGAAGGUGGGCAGCAAGGUGGCCCCCAGGAAGUCUGAGAAGUCUCAGUAUGAGCCCCUGGACUUGUCCGUGCGGCCGGACGCUGCCUCCCUCCCGGGCUCCUCGGUGACUGUGCAAGAUAGCAUUGCGUGGCACGGCUGCUUGUUUUGUGCUUUUACAACGUCCUCUAUGGAGCUGAUGGCUCUUCAUCUCCAGGCCAACCACCUGGGCAAAGCGAAACGCAAAGAUAACGCUAUCGGGGUGACAGUCAAUUGCAAAGACCAAGCCCGGGAGGCCAGUAAAGUGGCCUUGCUGCCCUCGGUACAAUCAAACAAAGAGAUGGCGCUUUCCACCAUGAUGGGACCUCUAGACUCGGCUUCCGAGAAGAUGGCCCAAGGACAGGUCAAAGAGACUCUGGGGGAGCAGAAGAGCGGCCCGUGGCCCAGCCACGUGGACCCCUCGUUCUGUAGCUUCCCAUCAGACUUCUACAAGCAGUUCGGUGUUUACCCAGGCCUGCUGGGCUCAGGGGCCGCCAGCUCCUGCCCCAACAGGGAGCCCGACGGGAAGGCCCACUCCGAAGAUGACGCCCCGAUCCUGAUCCCCGAAACCACAAAUAAGAACACUACUGAUGACCUCUCGGACAUCGCCUCCUCAGAGGACAUGGACUCCUCCAAGGGAGAAAACAACGAGGAAGAGGAUAUUGACACAGAGCCGGAGGUGAUGAGCAAGCCGCCUGCCCUGAGCAAGGACGGGGGCAGCGACAGCGGGGAUGGCCUGCUGCCCACGGGCACCCCACAGCCUGUCCAGGGACUGGUCUCCCCUCUGCCCCAGGCGUCGGAGAAGCAGUGGCAUAGCCCGGGCCUUCUUCCAGCCCAGGACCCCACUGCGGGCCUGCCCAAGCCAGAGCGGGGGCCCCAGGGCCUGGAGAAGCCGAUGAACGUGCUGUCGGUCCUCAGGGCCUAUAGCUCUGAUGGCUUAGCAGCCUUUAACGGACUUGCAAGUAGCACAGCAAAUUCUGGAUGUAUCAAGAGGCCAGACUUGUGUGGUCACAGGCCUUUCCAGUGUCGCUACUGUCCCUACAGUGCCUCUCAGAAGGGAAAUCUGAAGACCCACGUCCUCUGUGUCCAUCGCAUGCCUUUUGACAACAGCCAAUACCCCGACCGCAGGUUCAAGCGCUCCAGAGUCGACUCAGAGGCUUCUGGGAAUUUCGAAGACCCCGCAGCUGUCAAGGCGGGGAGCUCAGCAGAGUUAACGGAGGAAGGCAGCAAGGCCCAGGAGGAGCGCAACUGAGCCAACCAAUUCGGAGAUUGCAAUAUUAUUUUACACAGUUUUCAGAUUAUGCAUCUGGUAAAAGAGUUUGCUAACUGCAUUCCAAGGGGAAAAAUCAUGUACAACCCCCACUAGUGUAUAGAACAUUUAAAAAUUUUAAAAAGAUAUCUAUAUAUAUAUUAAAAAAAAAAAAUCCCCAGCCCUUGAAAAUGGCUGCUAAACUGUUACCCGGCAACAAGUACUUCCAAACAAUGCAGGUGGGAGAAAAGGGAUUUCAGAAAUGCUUGGUGUCCUCCGAGCUCAAGAAAGCUGGGGGGCCCUUCCAACGCUAGAGUCGCCUAUGUCCAAAAAUCAAGCUCUUAACUGCAAAACGAUGCCAUCUAAAUGAUUUAGUGUUGCCUUGAAGAUGGAGGGGCUGUGUUUUCAUUGUUGAAAACACCUCUAUAAUCUGACACCAGCUGCUGUCAUCUGCCUCGCACCCUAAUGGGAUGUGUUGGGAGGCAGUCGCGGUGCCAGUCAGACUGGAGCGGUCACUGCAGAGAAAAUCAAUUCACGUGGUGUCGUAACUGCACUCUUGGAGAAAUCUUAGCCGGCCCGCAGCCAGCGCCAGGGCAGACCAGCUCUGCAGAGGCUUGCCAUCUUCAAUGUGCAUUUUAAAAAAAUCCACAGCCAAAUGAAUCAAUGGUCAGGAAGUGUCUGCAGACAAAUGUCCAUUGCAGGUUUGAUGAGUAAUUCCUUUUUUUAGA